AGUUUUUCACACGCAGGAAUUCACAUGAAAAUUCGAAGGAAUCUCUAUUUAUAUUUACACACUUAAAAUCCAAUGUGAUAUUAUCACCAAUGAACACGUUAAUCCAUGUAAAUCUCAGUGUUCCCUCGUAAAAAUUGAUAUUUGGUGUUGUGUCGUCGUGAUUCCGCACUGUUUUCGGAUAUCCUUUGCCCUCUUUUUCUGCUCUAAAUUUUUUCCUCUUCCCGUGGCGGAGGAGAAAAUUCGGUGUUGCGCGAGAAAGGGCCCCCCCAUUGCAAGCAAUAAUCCCGCGGCCGGAUCGGAAUCAUGAGCCAAGUGGGUGAAACACACAUUAAAAGCACAGAGAAGACGAAACAGGAGCAGCUUCUCGUCCACCUGAUUGUGGGCUUCCGCGAGAUAUGCAUCGUCACCGCUGCCCUGCCUCUGGUCACCCUCGUGAUGUGCUUCAUCACAGCCUACAUCUUCCAGGCAGAUGAGAUCCACGAGACGCACUGUCGCGUGUACAACGUGAUCCCGUCGAUCAGUGCCAUCACGGGCGUGAGCCCGCAGCGCUACUUCUGGCGCGCCUGCAUCGCCUUCCACAUAGGGCCCCGCGUGGCCAUCGCGGCCGUGUACCGCAACUACUACGGCAACCUGGUGGGGCGCAUCCGGGACGCGAAGGUGCAGAAGCGCGCGCGCUGCCUCGUCACGGCCGUGUUCGUGCUGAACCUCAUCGAGAUCGGCGCGCUGUGCGGCGUGACGUACGUGUCGAACCGGGAGAACUACCCGAUCCACGAGAAGGUCUUCAUCACGUUCAUGAUCUGCUCCCUGUGCCACAUGCUGGCCACCAUUCGCCUCAACGAGUCCACCGCACGAGUCUCCCCCGCCGCCCGCGAGUCCGCCCUGUUCUCGCUGCACUGCAAGAAGAUGCUCUUCUUCCUCAGCAUCGCCAGCACGGCCGGCCUGGUGCUGUUCUUCCUCAAGCACCGCUUCCUGUGCCACGACAUGGCGUUCAGCUGGUUCGCCCUGUGCGAGUACAUCAUCGCCUCCGCCAACAUGGGAUUCCACUGCACCACCAUGCUCGACUUCCCCACCGAGCACUUCAUCGUCGCGCGCGGGGCGGAGCGCCUCAAGAACCAUCGAGAGUACAAAUUUGAAUAAUGAUUUUCCACGUGACCGAGCGAGUCCGCGGGCCGAGUAGUCUUGGCGUGUCUCAAAGUAUUUAGUAAUUUUACUCAUUUGUAGGACAAAAUCCAUGACAAUGGACAGAAAAGAGUAUUUAACAGUUUUUAGGCGAGAGAGUAACUACAAUUUAUAGUCAUUAAUUAAUUCCAUUCAAGUCAUCCCGAGUGGCUCUAACUUAACAUUUAGAGAGAGAGAGAUGUGAAGGGAGAGAGAGUGAAAACCUUGCAAUUUUUCAGCUCAUAUUAGUUGUUUGUAGGAUUAGAAGAGAAUCGAGUACGUGAGCAUUGUAGGAAGAGAGAAGCGUAAAGUGAUUCUUUUGCAUUUUCGCACACCAAAGAAACUACUUGUUAGUAAAUUAUUGCUUUUCUUCCAAACGUCCCAGUAUUCCUAACCAUAGAAUAGUGACUAAAGUGAUCGUCGACAGGAUAGAAGAGCUGAUAUAACUUAUGUCUUGCCAUUUACUAACAACUUCCCAUCGAUUUUUUGAGAUGUUAAGUUUAAAUACACAUUUAUGUUUACAAUUGCAUUAGCAUUACAAUUGGAGAUUGCAUGAGAGGCAGUCCAUUGAGCGUCAUUUAGUCACUCUUAAGCAGGUUCAGUUGUACUUAUCUCAUGUCAAUUGAUAUUGAAUAAGAAUUCUCGCCUACAUUAAUUGCCAUAAAAUGCACGCACUAGUCGAACUAAGUGAUAGACAAGAUUAUUUUUCUAUUUAUUAUUUUUUUAGUGUUGUAUAAGCAUUCUAUUGAUGAAUUAAUACCAAAGAAUUCAAGUGAUGAGAUUCUUCACAUUAUUUUCUAUUUAAGAGAAUAUUUAGUGACAAUGAUAAAAACAAUUAACAUAUCUCUUGAGAAAAAAAAAACGAAAAAUCUCUACUGUACUUGCAUAUAAUUACAUUUGUAGAGUAUAACAUAUUGAAUUAUAAACACAGACCCAAAGAGAAAAUAAAUUAACUAAAUUCCUUCAACGA